GAGUGGCGCUGCUGGCAAAUGCUCCUGAGAGACUGCCCGAACGGAAGAAGAGAACUCGAGAUGGACCCAGUGAUGGGAGGCCUGCUUUGCCGUCGAUGGGGGCUGGGACUGUGAAGCCCACUUCCCGUGGUGCCAAGCACAGAGUCAUGUCCCAAAGAGAGGAACAGCUGGCCAUCCAGAGGGAGCGGAUCAGUCAGGUCCUGAAGGAUUUGGAAGAGGAGCGUGUACCAGUCGUGAAGCUGGGUGAUGCCAGCAUUGCAGCCCCCUUUACUUCCAAGCUCUCCUCCAUUCAGUGCAUCUGCCACGUGAUCAAGCAAGGUCGUUGCACGCUAGUGACAACACUCCAAAUGUUCAAGAUCCUUGCCCUGAACGCCCUGAUCCUUGCUUACAGCCAGAGCGUCCUCUACUUGGAAGGGGUGAAGUUCAGUGAUUUUCAGGCAACUCUGCAGGGUCUGCUGCUGGCCGGCUGCUUCCUUUUCAUCUCCAGGUCGAAGCCUUUGAAGACGCUUUCCAAGGAGCGCCCGCUGCCAAACAUCUUUAACCUCUACACGGUUUUGACAGUGCUGCUGCAGUUCCUCGUGCACUUCCUCAGCCUUGUUUACCUGUACCGUGGUGCCCAGGCACGCAGCGAUUCCAAACAGGAGGAGUUUGUGGACCUGUACAAGGAGUUUGAGCCCAGCCUUGUGAAUAGCACUGUCUACAUCAUGUCGAUGGCAAUGCAAAUGGCCACGUUUGCUAUCAACUACAAGGGUCAUCCUUUUAUGGAGAGUCUACAGGAGAACAAGCCUUUACUGUGGAGCAUCGUCCUUUCAGGACUUGCCAUCGUGGGCCUUCUCACGGGCUCUUCACCAGAAUUCAAUGAACAGUUUGGCUUGGUAGAAAUCCCUACUGAGGUGAGCAGGCAGCGUUUCUCUGUGCCUGAAUUUUAUGCUCAGUUUCCA